AUUUUACGAAUCUUUACGUUUACACUUCAAAUAGGAAUAAACAAUAGAUGAAUAAUAUAAUAACGCAAUGCUUUUGUUCUUUGUUGUAACUUUCCGACAAUCUCAACGACUCACUUUAUAUGAAAUUUAUUAGUUUCAAGAUCACGUGCAUUUAACCUCAAAUUGUCUCGUGACACGUUUCAAGAUAUUGCAGUGGACAACUUGGGCCCGAUGCUACAAUGAGUUGUUUAGUCGCCCACUAUACGUUGAUCCUUUUCCUUUCCGGGCGGAAGAAAAAGGACCGACAUAUAGUUUUGACUUAACGACUAACAACUCGUUGCAGACCGGGCCUUGGAGAUCAGUUUGGCGUUUGACAAACAUGCCUGCUCCAUGCGAGGACAUUAUCGAGGACAUUGAGGAUUUAAUCGCGUCGCAGGACAUAACGCCUAAGGAGAGGUACAGCUCGCGGAAACACAUCACGAUACGGCCUAAGCGAAAGACGCAGGAACAAGUGUUGCAGCCGUCCGUGCUGUCGAGCAUAAUACCCGGCACGCAGACCAUCUACGUGAAGACGUGGGGAUGCACGCACAACAGCUCGGACACCGAAUACAUGGCCGGUCAGUUGGCGACGUACGGGUACAACUUGACCGAGGAUAAGCUGAUGGCAGAUCUGUGGCUGCUCAACUCGUGCACCGUCAAGAGUCCCGCGGAGGAUCAAUUCAGGAACGAGAUCGAGUACGGGAAGAAGCUCGGCAAGCACGUCGUAGUCGCUGGAUGUGUACCGCAAGGUGCUCCCAAGUCUUCCUAUCUCCAAGGGUUGAGUAUGAUCGGAGUGCAGCAAAUUGACCGAGUGCUGGAGGUUGUGGAAGAGACUUUGAAAGGAAACACUGUCAGGUUCUUGCAGCAGAAGAAGGACUCUGGUAAGAAGACAGGCGGCGCUUCGCUGAGUCUUCCGAAGGUGCGCCGGAAUCCGCUCAUCGAGAUCAUAGCCAUUAACACGGGCUGCUUGAAUCAGUGCACUUACUGCAAGACGAAGCAUGCGCGAGGUGAACUGGGCAGCUAUCUGCCGGAGCAGAUAGUCGAGCGAGCCAAACAGGCGUUCGAGGAGGGUGUGUGCGAGCUGUGGCUCACGUCCGAGGACACAGGCGCUUACGGCAGAGACAUCGGCACCAGCCUGCCGGAACUGCUGUGGCAAUUGGUAGACGUGAUCCCCGAUGGAUGCAUGAUGCGCGUCGGUAUGACCAAUCCGCCAUACAUCCUGGAGCAUUUGGACGAGAUGGCCAAGAUCUUGCGGCAUCCUGGAGUCUAUAGCUUCUUACAUAUCCCAGUGCAGUCCGGCAGUGACCAGGUGCUGGCUGACAUGAAGCGAGAAUACACGCGCGCUGAUUUCGAGCACGUGGUGGACUUCCUGAGUGAGCGAGUGCCCGGUCUGACUAUCGCCACGGAUAUCAUAUGUGGCUUCCCUACGGAAACCGAAGUGGAUUUCGAGGAGACGAUGGCGCUCUGUCAGAAGUACAAGUUCCCAAGCCUCUUUAUCAAUCAGUUCUUUUCACGACCCGGCACGCCCGCCGCCCGGAUGCCGAAAGUACCCACGCAGAAGGUGAAGACUAGGACCAAAAGGCUGUCGGAUUUCUUCCAGUCGUACGAACCGUACGGACACAAAGUGGGACUGGAGCAGAAGGUGCUGGUGACGGAGGUAUCGCAUGAUAAGCAGCAUUACGUUGGCCAUAACAAAUUCUACGAACAGGUGUUAAUUCCUAUGAAGCAAGAGUACAUGGGAAAAAUGAUCGAUGUCAAGAUUAUAGAAGCGACCAAGUUCUCUAUGAGAGGAGAACCGAUCGGUAAAGGUGUGUCCCCUUCGCUGAGGUCUCCUCUACCACGAGGAGUCGUUUCCAGAGUACCAUACGAGACGAAGCCGUCGAAAUAUGGAAUAGCGACGGUUAUGACGAUCUUCUUAGCUGUGAUAAUUAGAAUAUUAUGGAAAUUUCUGACCUAGACAAAUAAUUUAUGCGAGAUUAUUUGCAAAUUAUGUAAACACAUUGCGUAACAUGCUAUAAAUUGUAAUUUUAUAUUUUCAAUGGAAUAAAUAUUUAUUUAAAGCUAG